AAUAAAAAUUUCAAUUUUUUCAAUUGAUCCACCAUCACCAUCAAAAUUCAUUUCAACGAAAUCACAUCAUUAUUUAAACAAAUCACACUCACUAACGAUCAAAUGUCUUCAGUAUUCAAUGUGAAAAAUUUAUUUCGUACAUUAUCAUUGUCCGUUCCAUUAACGUUGAUAUUUUUCGAUAAUAUUGCCUAUAUUGCACGUGUUGAUGGUGUUUCCAUGCAACCAACAUUAAAUCCAAAUCCAUGUGAUAAUGAUGAUAGAAUAUUCUUAGAUGAUGAUGAUGAUCUAAAUGGUAAUGGAUCAUCAAUAUUGAUCAAUCAUCAUGAAAAAUCAUCAACAACAUUCAUCAAUAAUGAUGAUGUACGGAGAAGGAGAAUAAAUAUGAAAAAUUUUCUAUUCAAUCGAUUUUCCAAUUCAUCCGAUUUAAUUUGGCUAUCACAUUGGUCAACUCGUAAUUAUCAAAUUGAACGUGGAUAUAUUGUCAGUUUAAUAUCGCCAAAAAAUCCUAAUCAAAUCAUUAUAAAACGUGUAAUAGCCGUUGAAGGUGAUACCGUGGUGACAAGAAGAAAUUUUAAAUUCGAUACAAUACGUAUACCGAAAGGACAUUGUUGGGUUGAAGGUGAUAAUCACAAAAAAUCAUUGGAUUCCAAUUUUUUCGGUCCAGUUGCUGUUGGCCUGAUAACAGCGCAAGCAAAAUAUAUUAUAUGGCCACCAAAACGUUGGCAAACAUUGUCCACACAAAUGCCAAUGGAUCGUACAUUGCAUAAACAAAUCGUAUCAUCAUCAUCAUCAUCAUCGUUGAAAAAAUUUAAAGGUUCAUAUUAUAAUGGACAAUCAUAUCUAAUUGAUUUGAAUAUCGUUGAUUCAUCAUUAUCAUCGAUUGUACAGCAACAUAAUUCAUCAAACGCAUCAUCUAAAUUAGAUUUAAUAUCGACAAUGUUGGAUGAAGAUUCUAUCUAAUAUAUAUUUAGUACAUUUAGGCUCUAAAUUUUAUUUUUA